CGCAACGCAACGCAUCUGCAACAUCUGCCAGCCUUCUUCACUCAUCCCCAUCAAUCUCUGCAUAGCAUAACCUAACUCACUACUUUCCUUUCCAUUCGACACACAUCGCCUCUUGCUGCUGCUGCUGCUGCUGCCGCCUGCCCGUCCGUCCGACCUCCUUCCAGCCAACCAUCACCAUCACCACAACCACCACCACCACCACCACCAUCAACGCGCCGACCGAAACCAACCAACCAACCACCUACUCGCAUCCCCGUGCUCUGCUCCGUACCAUACCUCCCCACACCUCCACGAUGAACGCCCACCAGCACGCGAACGGCGUCGGCGCCACAAACAUCUGGCAAAUAAUGAACUACCCCGUGCCACGCGGCAAAUGCGUGCACAAGCCGUCGGUGCUGUCCUCCUGCUGCCCCUGCCUGCGGUUCAUGCUGAACCCCUUACAAGCGGCGUCGUCGUUCGCGUGCGACGGAUGCGGGCACCACGCGAGCUUCCACAACCUCAAGAACGACGAGGAGGCGCAUGAAGGGUUCGCGCCCGAGCAGAUGAACGGGACGAUUGCCGCGCCGCCGCCGCCGCCGCCCUCGACCGGGAGGGGGAAGAAGAGAAACGCCGCUAGGAUCACGAAUGGCGCCUCCGCGGCUGGGCGGAGAGGCGUGGGCUUGCUGGGCGGUGUUGGGCUGGGCGAGAGAAUGCUCGGAAGUAGUGCGGAGGAGGAUGAUGACGAUGUCGAGGUGCUCGAGGGCGAGAAGUUGCAGGUUGUCAAGAGGAGCCGCGGUGCUUAG